CCGGGGCGCCGCGUGGCCGCCAGCAGGAGGAUGAAAAGCGCGGCGGGAGGAAGGCGAGAAAAGCUCUCCGGGACACCGAAAGCUCAGGCCCGCGGAAGAGAUCUCACCUGUACUCAAGAUGGGGAGAGUAAGACUGAAUUCAUGCCCGAGGAGUUUGAAGAGAAAGCAGAAAGAGAGAAGAGACACCCCAACUUCACGCUGUGCACCGUGUGCAACAUCCAGCUGAACUCGGCUGCCCAAGCGCAGAUCCACUACAACGGCAAAUCCCAUCAGAAGAGACUGAAACAACUCAGCCAUGAGAUGCUGAAGAGCGACAACGGUGGUACUUGCCAGAGUCCUGCUCUCCCAGCCCUGGUCCGUCCAACAGCCCCUCCUUUGCAGCCGUCGCUGGACCUUAAACCCUUUCUGCCCUUUCCUCUUGACACUGCAGCUGCAGUCAACCUCUUCCCCAAUUUUAACGCGAUGGACCCUAUUCAGAAAGCUGUAAUAAAUCAUACAUUUGGGGUUCCUCUUCCCCAUCGAAGAAAGCAAAUCAUAUCAUGCAACAUUUGCCAGUUGAGAUUUAAUUCUGAUAGCCAGGCUGCUGCCCACUAUAAAGGCACGAAACACGCCAAGAAGCUCAAAGCGCUGGAAGCCAUGAAAAAUAAGCAGAAAUGUGCCACUGCCAAGGAGACCCCAAAGGCCACCUUCACCUCCAUCACUACCAAUACCAUCAAUACCAGCUCUGACAAAACAGACAGUACUGCAGGGACUCCAGCCACGCCGCCGCCGCCGACAGUGACGACGACCACAGGUGUGGACGUGCGCAAGAGCAGCGCUAUGACCACUGAGGUCACCUCGAAAGCGGACAAAAGCCCCACGGCCGCCGCUGCCAACAGCUCAUGUCCUUCCACAGAGACAGAGGAAGAAAAGGCCAAGAGGCUUCUCUACUGCUCCCUGUGCAAGGUGGCCGUGAACUCGGCCUCGCAGCUAGAGGCGCACAACAGUGGUACUAAGCACAAAACCAUGCUAGAAGCCCGAAACGGAAGUGGGACUAUCAAAGCCUUUCCCAGAGCUGGAGUGAAGAGCAAAGGACCUGUCACCAAGGGAAACACGGGUCUCCAAAACAAGACAUUUCACUGUGAAAUCUGUGAUGUGCAUGUGAACUCAGAAACUCAACUCAAACAGCACAUCAGCAGUAGAAGACACAAAGACAGAGCUGCUGGGAAGCCCCCGAAACCCAAGUACAGUCCUUACAACAAAUUGCAGAAGGCGGCGCAUCCGCUGGGGGUAAAGUUAGUAUUUUCAAAAGAACCUUCCAAGCCAUUGGCUCCCAGGAUUCUUCCAAACCCCCUGGCGGCGGCGGCGGCGGCGGCGGCGGCGGCCGCGAACUCCCCCUUCAGUCUGCGAACUGCUCCGGCCGCCGCGCUCUUCCAGACCCCCGCGCUCCCGCCCGCGCUCCUGAGGCCAGCUCCCGGGCCCAUUCGGACCGCCCACACUCCUGUCCUCUUUGCGCCCUACUGAACGCCGAGCAGGAGGGGUCAUUGUACUGCAAUAAUUUUUGGAAACAAACAAACAAACAAAAGAGAACUAUGCAGUGUUUAUUUAUAGUUUAAAGUAUAUCUGAAGAGC